AUGCUAUUGAAGUUGUACUGUCUCAGCUUUAGAUUUGAUACUGUCUCAGCAGAAGAUGCUACUGAAUUUGAUAAGGUCUCAGCAGUUAAUUCUUUUGAAGUUGAUACUGGCUCAGCUGAAGUUGUUAUUAAAGUUGAUACUGUCUUAGCUGAAGAUGUUAUUGAAGUUAAUACUGUCUCAUCUGGAGAUGCUAUUGAAUUUAAUACUGUCUCACCUGAAGAUGCUGUUGAAGUUGAUACUGCCUCAGCUGAAGAUGUUAUUGAAGUUGAUACUGUCUCCGCUGAAGAUGUUAUUGAAGUUGAUACUGCCUCAUCUGAAGAUGUUAAUGCUAUUGAAGUUGAUACUGCCUCCGCUGUACAUGCUUUUGAAGUUGAUAUUGUUUCAGCUGAAGUUAUUAUUAAAGUUGAUACUGUCUCAGUUGAAAAUGCUAUUGAAAUUGAUACUGUCUCAGCUGAAGAUGCUAUUGAAGUUGAUGCUGUCUCAUCUGAAGAUACUAUUGGAGUUGAUACUGUCUCAGUUGAAGAUGUUAUUGAAGUUGAUACUGUUUCAUUUGAAGAUGCUACUGAAGUUGAUACUGUUUCAUCUGAAGAUGCUAUUGAAGAAAUUGAUGACUUUAUAGCAGUAGCUCCUGUUGAAGAUGGGUAUAAUAUCUCUGUGGAAAGUGCAUUUGAGGGAGUUGAUACAAUCUCAAAUGAAGUUUCAAUUGAGAAAGGUAAUGUUGUCACAGCUGAAACUGCAGUUGAGGAAGUUACUCUGACAGCUGAAACAGUACUUGUGAAGGCCAAUAAUGCAAUUGAAGUUGAUACUGCCUCAGCUGAAGCUGUAGUUGAGGAAUAUUCUUUCCCAGCUGCAGUUGAGGAAGUUGAUGCUGUCUCAGCAGAAACUGCAGUUGAAGAAGUUCAUACUAUCAUAAUUGAAGCUGCAGCUGAGGAAGAACAUACUGUCUCAGCUGAAGCUGCAAUUGAAAUUGAUGCUUUACCUGAAGAAGUGAUAGAAGAGGACAGUACAGCCACAAGUGAAGCUGUAGCUAGUAAUAUUGAUGGUGUGAUAACCGAUUCUAUCAUUGAGACUGAUACUCUAUUUGAUGUAUUAGAUACUGAUAUAGGUGAAACUGUGAUUGAGGAAAUUGAUGCUGUAUUCACAGAAGUUUUAAGUAAGGAAAAUAAUACAGUCUCAAGUGAAGUUGAUAGUGAGGAUAUUGAUGCUGUGUUAAUUGAAGCUACUCUUAAGGAUGUUGAUACUGUCACAAGUGAAACUGUGCUUAAGGAGGUUGAUACUUUCGUAAUUGAAGCAGUAAUUGAGGAGGUAGAUGCUGCAUUCAGUUAUACAUCUGAAGGUGUAGUUGAGAAGGUUCAUGCUGUCUCAAUUGAAGAUGUAGUUGAGCAGGUUCAUUCUUUCUCAACUGAAGAUGUAGUUGAGACAGAUGCUGGUUCCACUAAAACUGCAUUUGAUGCUUCAUUUAUGAAAGCUGAUUUUGUUGAUUAUGACUUAACCAGAGUUCAUGUGAGUAAAGUUUCAAUUGAAAUUGGAGGUAAAGAACCUGAACCUGUGUUUGAGGAAGGAAGUACAAUUUCAGUAGGUGAUGGUAUUGAUGUUUUUGCAACUCUUUCAAAUAAGGCUUCUGAGAGUGGUAAUAAAGCAGCAAUUGUGGAAAUUCCGGAGUCUCCUGGAAUUACAUCUGAUGAUAUAUUAUCAUCAAAAACUUUUGUCGAAGCAUCAGACAUAGUAUUAACUGAAUUUUCAGAUAGUGAUACUAAUGCUAUACUCAAGGGAGCUAAAAAUUUGUUAGUAGAGACAAAAACCGUGUUGGAAAUUAAGCCUAUUCCAACUGACUCUGUAAUUAAGGCUGUUGAUGUUUCAGAAGGUUUGGCUGAGGAUAUUGGGACUAUUAUAGGGAUGCAGGAAAAUAACAAAAUUAAUGUAGAUGAAUUUGCUGAACAUCAUCAGGAUGUGUUAAAGGAUGUAAUAGAUACUACAAACUUGCCUGCUUCUCUUCAAGAUCCAAUGAAUGCAAAUGUUGAAGAUGCUAUGAUUAGGAAAAUCAGGUCAAGAAGGAGCACAGAUGAAAAAAUAGUCCAGGAAGUGCUAGUGGAGGAAAUGGCUGAAGAUUUAUGUUCCUUUAAAAUUUUCAUUCAGAAUACAGAAAAUAGAUAUUAUGCAUUUGAAGUAGAUGAAAACAAUACCAGACAUUUCAAUGAAUUUUCUGAAGUGUUGCAUUACCUUGAUGAUGAAAUUGGAUCUCAAGGGGAAUGUAAAGAAGUACAUAUUAUAAGAGGUGGUGGAAUGGGGGAGUCCAGUUAUCAUGUUGCAAUUAGCAAGUCUUCUGCAGCACUUUAUGACUGUAAAGUGGUUGAUAUGAAGAAAGUUGUAAGGAAGACACAGGCAAGUACUUCUCUUUUCAAGCAGAACUAUGAUGAGAUGCAUUUAAAAAGAGGUAUUGUGCCCAAAGGUGUCAACUCAGGGGAAGAUAAUUCUUUUAUUUCUCAAGGAAAGCAAGGAGCAAGUGAAUCCCAGAAAUCAAACUUGUUUGGAGGUAUAGGAUUUGGGAACAGUGCAGAAGGCCUUGUAAAAGCAGCAGCUGUAGAACUUGAUAUUAACUCACAGGAUCAGCUAGUAAUAAGGAAAGAAAAAGAUGCAGAUACUGAAGAUGGAAUAUUGUCUACAGUAGAUGAUGAAGUUGAUGAACCCAAACCAGCUCAUGAGAAAGAAUCUGUUAGUCUGCCCGUAUCUCCUGAUAUGAUUAUACCAGUUCAAGAUGCUGAUACCAGUGAUUUGGAUAUAUUAGUAGAUAAAGGGUCAUUAGAAACAAAGGUGGAACUAAAUUUAAUCAAGCCAUUGGGUUUACAAGUGGAAGAGGGGAUACUUUUUGAUAAAGUUGAUAAUGUUAUUCCUGAUGUGAAGAUACCUUCCAUGCAUUUGGUUGGCCAUGAAGUUGAUAUUGGCACCACAGGAUUUGUGGAAACCAAUAUAGAUGAUAUUGAAAUAUGUGAUUUUGAGGGUCUUGGGAUAGACAUUCAGAACCCUGCAAUAGAAAGUAUUGAUAACUUAGAAGAAGUAGUUGCUGAUAAAAUUGACCUUGAAAUUAAUGACAUUUGCAAAACAAAAAUGAUGAACAGUUUACCUGCCCAAGAUCCUGAUAGUUUUCUGGAAGAUAUUCAGUUGCCAGGAAUAUAUAAUGUUUACUUGUCUAGAGUAGAAGAAAGUCCUGAAGUACUGUCAUCAGAAAUGGCAGUUGAUUCUUCAAUAGUUCUUAAUGUUCUCACGUUGUCAGAGAGUGAUGUUACCGGUUUGGAAAGUGAUAAGAUUUUGCCCAGAGUAGAGACUGCAGUAGGUAUUGCUGAAAAUCCUGAAUCUGAAAUUGAUAACAACUUUGAAGACAUACCAAAAACACAUAGUGAUUCUGAUAGAGAUGUUGCUAUAAAUGAUUAUGAUUUUGAUGGGGACUUUGAAUCAUUCCUAGAUAGUUUGCCCACUGAUAAGGUAGAGACCCCUUUAGUAGCAAGUGAGGUACUCUUUGUAGAUCAUGAUCAGUUUUUGAAAAAUGAUGUUGAUAAUGUAAUAACCCCCCUUUUAGGAGAUCUUGGAAUCACCAUUGAAGCAACUUCUGAAUUACAAGGGAUUUUUGAGAUAAGUGAUGAAGAUCUGUCAGAUUUUGUGAAACUUGUAGACAAUGAAAACAGUGAAAGCCUCAUUGGCACUGUCAUCCAGCAAGACACAGUAGAAACAUCUCGUGAAGAGAAGGCUCUUGAAAAUGUAAUUGACAAGAAUAACAUUGAUGGUGCAGGUGACAUGGGUGAUGUGAGCUUAGAAGGCAUUGUUUGUAGUUAUGAAGUAAAUGAGGAUAUUGACAAUGAAGUAUCAGACACAGUGAAAAAAUCAACUGUUAACCAAAGUAGAUACAAGGAACAAGAAAAAUUGCACCAUGGUAUGUCACAUUCUUAUCAGGAUUAUUACCCACUCAAGGAUACAGAAGAAGAACUAAGUUUUCAGGGUACACAGGCUCGUUUGAAAGAGCUAAAUUAUUAUACAAAUUUAAAUGGGGAUAAAGUAUUUUCUCCUGAUGUUAUGAUUAAACUUGUACCAAAGCAAAUACAUAUUUCUACCAAGGAUGAAAAAAUUAUCUCACAGGAAACUAUAUUUGAGGACAGAAAUACAAAUAGGCUGUCAGAUCAGGUGGAAGAAGAUAUGGAAAUAGUGUUGCCUUAUGAAAUUCUGGGAAAUGAUGAGGAACUGUUAUCUGUACAAGAAACUGAUAUGUCAGUCAGUGAUGUUUUUACUGUAGAGGACAGCAAAGAGAAAGAUACUGAUAAUGACUGUGGAAAAACAGGCGAAGAAUUCAAACCUGCUUCUAUAGUUCCUGCAGAAGAUGACAGUUUAAAAGAAAUUCACCUGGAUGAUUUAGAAUAUCUUUCACAGUCAGAAAGUGAAUUAGAAAUCAAUAACUUUUAUGAUCCACUAGGCACUGAAGUAGAUACCAUUGGUACUUUGGUUGAUGAUAUUACUGAAGUUACAACAGAGGUGGAAGAGGCUGAAGCAACAGAUCUGCAAGGACCUAUUGUGAGUAUUGCUGGAGAAGAGAGAGAUUUUAUUUCAUAUAAUUUGGAAUAUGAGGCUUCAAUAGUGGAAGUUCCAGAUGUGUUACCAGAAGGUAUGGGCACUCAUUUAGAUGAAACAUUCUUUACAUCAAGACAAAUGUCAUUUGGAGUUGAGCCUGAUGUUUAUGAAAAUACAUAUAAGGGAAUAGCUCUGGAAGAUUAUGAUUUACAAACAAAUGAAUUUUCACAUGGUUUAACAUUGGAUUCUAGUUUAGUGAAAACUGAAGUUACCCUUUCUGAAGGGCUCAGUGACGAACAGGUGAUUCCAGUUGAGACAUUUGAGUUUGAUUCAGAAAUUUCUAUUGAUGGUAAGUGGUUAGAGAAUGCAAAGUUGGAAAUUCAGAAUAAGGAUUUGAGUGGGGUAUCUUUUGCUGAACCAGAGGAAGAAGGAAUAUUUACUUCUGAAUCAGUUGAACUAUUAUUUUCACUUGAUUCAGUUGAGGAAAUUGUUAUAACUGGAUCAUCCAAACAAGAAGAAAUCCUGGACCUAGAACCAAUCAGUGAAGAAAAAGAUAAAGUUGGAGAGAAAGCCUUCACUUCAGAAACAGCUGAGCCAUUUGAGGAGAUUGAAGCAUUUAGAGUUCCAGUCAUUCCUGGAACAGAGAAAGAGGUUGUCUCUUCAGUACCAGGUGAGGAAGGACUAGGCAUGCUAGAAAAAGAAUUAGUUAAUGCUCUUGAGCCACUUGAAGUUCUUAUCAGUACUGAAACAUCAGAGGUAAUGCAUCAUGAUGCAGUUGAAAAAGAAAUAAUCUCAUUUGAACAAGUGGAAUUAGAAAUAUUUACGGUAGAACCAGCAAUAGAAGUGUUAGUUGCCCUUGAGUCUGUCCAAGAAAUUCCAAAAAUGGAUGAAAAGGAAAUAAUUUUGGAAAGAGCUGAGGAAGAAAUAUUAAUUCUUGAUUCAGCAAAAGAGGAAGCAGUUUUUUCUGAAUCAUUUUUUGAGGAAAAAAAUAUUUUUGAAUCAUCUAUAGACAAAACCCUUCCUCUUGAGCAAGUUCAAGAAAUAGUUUUUUCAGAGAUUGGGGACAAGGAAGUAAGCAAUGAAAUAACUGGAAUAGAGAUAGUAAAUUUUAGAUUACAAGAAGCAGAAAAAGAAAUGCAUUUUCUGGAUUCUGCAGAAUUUAAAGAAAUGCAUUCUAUGGAACCAGCAGAUGAAGAAAUGCUUGCUAUGGAACCAGCAGAAGGUGAAGAAAUGUAUGAUCUGGAAUCUGCAGAAAAUGAAGAAUUGCAUUCAUUGGAACCAGCAGGUGAUGAUGAAAUGAUCCCUCUGCCUGAUCUGGAAUCUGCAGAAUAUGAAGAAAAGUAUGAUCUGGAAUCUUCAGAAUAUGGAGAAAUGGAAUCAACAGAAAAUGAAGAAUUGCCUGCACUGGAGCUAGUUGAGCCUAAAGAAUUAUCAGUUUCUAAACCAGCAGAAGAAACUGUCACCCUUUACUCAACUGAGGGCAAAAUGUUCAUUCCUGAUGUACAAAAAGAGAAAAGAAUCACUAGAGAAGCUUCAGAUGAGGUAACAUUCAGUGAAGAAAUAACAAUAUCAGAAGAAUUAAAGAUGCACUAUGAGAUUCCAGUAGAAACAGAGAGUGUACCAAGCACCAUGGCUGAAGAAGUCCUAACUAUCCUGCAAGAAGCCUGGGUAACACUUGAGGGCUUUGUGGAAAAUAUGACAUCUCCACAGGGAGCUCUGGAAGAGGAAAUGGAAGUAACAGAAAUUAAGAAGGAAGAAAUAACAUCACUAGAAAGCAAGGUGAAAGAAAUUGAGAUUGAAGAUUAUGUAUCAUCAGCAAAAGAAGUACAAAUGGUGGAAGCAGAAUUGGAAGAAGAAUUGGUAUAUGAACUUGCAGAAGAUGUAACACCUGAAGCUGAAACCACAGAAUUUUUAUCAACUUCUAAACCCAUGGAAAAUAUAAUUGAGAAGGUAGAAGUAUUAGCAUUUGAACCUGAAGAAAUAGCAAUGCCUGAAAAUGGAGUGGAGGAGAUAUUGGCUGGUGAAUCAGUAGGAAAAGCAGUAAUACCAGAAGUUAAGACUGAGGAAGAAGUACCAACAUUGGAACCCAAUGUUCCAAUAUCUGAAAUUGAGAUGGAAGGACCUGAAACCAGAGUGGAAGAGAGGGUUUUAGUGUCUGAAUUUGUACCUGAAUUAGAAGAGGUCCAAGAAUCCAAAUUUGUAGAAACAGUUUUCUCAUCUAGUACUGAGGUUGAGGAAGUCCUGUUAACAUCUGAGCCCAUAGAAAAGGUAAUAAUAUCUGAAGUGGAGAUGGGAGUGGUAUCAACAUAUGACAUUGAUGAAAUAGUAGUACCAGAAACUGGGAUGGACGAGGAGUCAGUAACUGGAUCUGUAGAAGGGGUAAUAAUUGAAGCUGAAAUAGAAGAGGUAUCAAAAUUGGCCAAUGAAAUAGUAGUACCUGAAGGUGAAAAAGAAGAAACAUUAGGACCUAAAACUGUGAUAGAAGAGGUUGUGUCAACACUGGAAAGUUUGAUAAAGGAAGUUGUAUUAACACCUGAAGCUGUACUGGAAGAAGUUAUGGCAAUUGCUGAAGCUGGAGUAGAAGAGGUUAUGGUAACACUUAAAACUGUGGUAGAAGAUGUAAUGACUGCACCUGAACCAAUGAUAGAAAAUAUUUUGCCAACAUCUGUGACAGCAGUAGAAGAGGCUUUAUCAGAUUCUGAAAAUUCAGUUGAAGAAAUUGAGGAAACACACAAAGCAGAACCUAAGGUGGAAGAGGUGUUGGGACCAAGAACCAAGUUGGAAGUUGUUUCUACAGUUCCUGACUCUGUGGUAGAAGAGGAUGAGCCUAUGAUACUAUCUGAGGCUACAGUAAAUGAAAUUUCAACAACUAGAUCUGAUGUGGAAGAAGUGGAGACAUUAUCAGUCAAUACAGAAAUAUUUGUAGUAUCUGAAACCAAAGUAAAAGAUGAUUUGACACCAGAGGGUAUUGUUGAAGAUCUUGUGAUAUCAUUUGAAGGUGAAGGAGAGGUUUUUACACCAGAAACUGUUGUGGAAUAUAUGGAAAUACCUAAAAGUGUGGUAAAGGAAAUCACACUAAGACCAGAAAAUAAGCUGAAUCAGGAGACUAUGCCAGAGGAGCCAUUGGAAGUCCUACAAAAUUCUAUUACACCACCUGAUGACCUGAUAAGCAACCAGAUCUCAUUCAGAGAAUCACAUACUAGUGAGAUGGCAAGCCUUAGAAAUGAACUGAAUGAAGAGAAGCUGGUAGAUCCUGAAAUGCAAAUAGUUGAAGACAUAAGUGCAGAACUAGAAAUGACACAAGUUAGGCCAGUUAUAAUAAACCAAGAAUUACCAGUAGAUGAAUCUGUGAUUGAACAACUGGUGGAAUCAGAGCUAGUGCAAGAUAAAUCAGAAGAUUUUGAGUCUGAAGUGAUGCAGGCUAAACAUGUAACAAGUGAUCCAGAAUCAAUGUUUGAUGAAUAUGUUGUCAACUCAGAUAUUAUGCAGGUAGACGUUGAUCUGACUGAACCAGAGGUGAUAAAGGCAGAACCUGUUACUGAGUCUGUUAGUAGAGAAUCAGAAGUUGUACAUGAACCUCUGAUGUUAGAACCAGAUGUGAUGCAAAGAAAACCAGUUAUAUUACAACCAGAUACAGUGCAGGACAUAAAUGCUAAUGUAGAACUGGGUGUGAUGCAGGUUGAACCUUCAAUGACUAAACCAGAACUAAUGGGGGUUAAGCCAGAAAUAGUUCAUGAGGUACAUGCAAAAGCAGAACUGCAAGAUGAAUCUCUUAUGGGAGAGCCAGAACAACUGCAGGUUGAACCUUCUAUGGUAGGACCAGAACAAUUGCAGAUUAAACCUUUGAUAGAGCUGGAACAGUUGCAGGUUGAACCUUCUAUGGUAGAACCAGAACAGCUGCAAGUCAAACCUUCUAUGGUAAAACCAGAACAAAUGCAGGUUGAGCCUUCAGUGGUAGAACUGGAACAAAUGCAAGUUGAACCUUCAAAGUUAGAACCAGAACAGGUUGAACCUUCUAUGGUAGAACCAGAGCAAUUGCAGGUUGAACCUUCUGUGAUAGAUCCAGAACAACUGCAGGUUGAACCUUCUAUGGCAGAGUCAGAACAACUGCAGGUUGAACCUUCUAUGGUAGAACCAGAAAUAUUGCAGGUGGAACUUUCUAUGGGAGAACCAGAACAAGUUGAACCUGUUAUGGUAAAACCAGAACUACAUAUUGAACCUGUUAUGGUAAAACCAGAACUGCAUAUUGAACCUGUUAUUGUAGAACCAGAACUGCAUAUUGAACCUGUCAUGGUAGAACCAGAACAGUUGCAGAUUGAACCUGUUAUGGUAGAACCAGAACUGCAUAUUGAACCUGUCAUGGUAGAACCAGAACAGUUGCAUAUUGAACCUGUCAUGGUAGAACCAGAACAGGUGCAGAUUGAACCGGUUAUUGUAGAACCAGAACUGCAUAUUGAACCUGUCACGGUAGAACCAGAACUGCAUAUUGAACCUGUCACGGUAGAACCAGAACAGUUGCAGAUUGAACCUGUUAUGGUAGAACCAGAACAGUUGCAGAUUGAACCUGUCAUGGUAGAACCAGAACAGUUGCAGAUUGAACCUGUUAUGGUAGAACCAGAACAGUUGCAGAUUGAACCUGUUAUGAUAGAACCAGAACAGUUGCUAGUUGAACCUGUCACGGUAGAACCAGAACAGUUGCAGAUUGAACCUGUUAUAGUGGAACCAGAACUGCAAAUUGAACCUGUUAUGGUAGAACCAGAACUGUAUAUUGAACCUGUUAUGGUAGAAUCAGAAGAGCAGCUUAAAGCUGUCAUUGUAGAAACAGAACAAUUGCAGUUAAAACCUGUAAUGGUAGAAUCAGAACAACUGUGGGUUGGACAUGAUUUUGGAGAACCAGAAUUGCAGGUUGAACCUUAUGUGGUAAAAUCAGAAGUGGGAAAGGAGUCAGUUAUUGAAAUAGAAUCAGAAAUAGUACUUGAAGUAUAUGCAAACCCAGAACUAAUUCAGGGUGAGCCUGUUAUGGCAGAAACAGAAUUACAGAAUCUUGAAAUACAUAGAGAACCAGAACUAAUACAAGCUGAACUUGCUAUGGUAGAAGUGGAACGAAGCUUAGUUGAAUCAGUGGUCAUGGAACCAGAAUUGGUUCAGAUAGAUCUAGGAUUGAUACCUGUGGAAUCAGAAGCAGUAGAUCGCAAAUCUCCAAGGCCAGAACAAGGAUUGGUUCAAGAUAAAACGAUGGACUUGGGGCCCAAAAUUAUACAGGUAGAAUCGUUGGUACAGCCAAAAGAAGCAAAAUGGAAAUUGGCUGAGACAGAAACCGACAUGACUCAGGUAGAGUCAGCAUUGAUAGAACCUGUAGUGGCAGAACCAGAACAAACAGAAAUGAAACAAAAAGAGAGAGAACCAGAACUAAUUACUGAUAUUAGGACUGUGACAGUCAAUCUGGAACAACCUAACAUGGAGACUGUGGUUUCAGAACCAAGGGUAUCAAAGAUUGAUCCAGUAAGUAUAAGUAAACCAGAAGCUGGUGUAGAAACAGAAUCAGAAACAGAGUCCAUGGGAGCAAAAGAAACCAUACUCCAAAGGAUGGAACAUGUGGAACCACUUUUAAUGGAAAUUGACCAAACCAAAAAAGACAUUGCAUCUUCGGAACUAGAAUUACUAAGGGAGAAGCCAGAGCCAGCAGGAGCUUUAUCAGGACCGUAUGGUGAAGAAGAUGUAUCCUUCAAGUCAGAGCUAGAAAGUGUUGAGAGAGAUGAAAGCGAAGACAUCGAUCUACCCCCUUCAGAAGCAUCAUCUUUCCAGUCAGGAAAAGGAUCUUCUGUGACCCAAGGAAAAGAUGUAGAGAAUUUGACUGUUGUUCCGAGAAGAGGCCCAGGUGACAUAUUGUUCUCUUGGCUAGAUGUAAAAUGAUGAGCAGUAUACGCAGGAUUGUAGACCCCAUGUAUUGCUGCUUUUUUAAUAUCAGAAGCUCAUGGUAAUUAUACACUCGUGUAUUUGAAUUACUAUUAGUAUGUGUGCUUAUAUAUCUAUCUAUCAGUCUAUAUGUAUAUUUAUUUAUUUAUUUAUCUAUAUAUAUUGUACACAUAUAUCAUAAAUGUGUAUAUAUAUGUAUAUAUGUAUAAGUAUAUAUCUAUAUUUAUAUUUAUGAAUAAUGUAUUUAAGUAUAUGGAUUUAGAAAUGUGCAGGCCAGAACAAACUGCUGUUUUAUAUAUACAUAUUUGUGUGUGUGUGUGUGUGUGUAUGUGUG